AAGGUGGUCGCGACCACAUAACAUUACAUCUUUCUUCUUCUCCUUCCGUUUCACCACCCUUUCUUCUUCUCCCAAAUUCGUAGAACCAACCAACGCCCGAGACGACACAACUUGUGAAUCCGCCCAGAGACCCUUCAAUUUGGAAUUUUUGGAUAUGGCAUCGAAACGGAUUUUGAAGGAAUUGAAGGAUCUGCAGAAGGAUCCUCCUACUUCAUGUAGCGCAGGACCCGUUGCGGAAGACAUGUUUCAUUGGCAGGCCACGAUUAUGGGUCCAUCGGACAGCCCUUACUCUGGUGGAGUUUUUCUCGUAACGAUUCAUUUCCCUCCGGAUUACCCAUUUAAGCCUCCCAAGGUGGCUUUUAGGACGAAGGUGUUCCAUCCAAACAUUAACAGCAAUGGGAGCAUCUGUCUCGACAUCUUGAAGGAACAGUGGAGUCCUGCCCUCACGAUUUCCAAGGUGCUACUCUCGAUCUGUUCUCUGUUAACGGAUCCGAACCCUGACGAUCCUUUGGUCCCUGAGAUAGCUCACAUGUACAAGACAGACAAGAACAAGUACGAGUCAACUGCUCGGACCUGGACCCAAAAGUACGCCAUGGGCUGACACAGAUACCGUCUUUAAAGAAGGGCCCUAAUAAUUAAACUCUUCUUAUUUCUAUGUAAUGAUCUAUAUAGACUUGUCUGUUUUAUAAAAAUUGUGAAGACAUGAUCAUUAAGAAAUCAUAUGAUCUCCAUUUCAUUCCAUUCCCAUGGAACUUACAUAACUUAAAUCAUCCCAUUUGCUGUUGUUUGUUUA